AUGCGUUAUUUUUCUGGAAAGAGGUACAAACCUGAAAAUACAAUUCCAACAAUCAAACAUGGAGGUGGAUCAAUAAUGGUUUGGGGGUGUAUCUCAUAUGCCGGAGUUGGAAGAAUUGUUUUUAUUGAAGAAACAAUGACAGCUUCAGUGUAUAAGCAACUUUUAGCUAAUAACUUGAGACAAUCUGCUUGUGAAAUGGGUCUUAAGGAAUUUAUCUUAAUACAAGAUAAUGAUCCUAAGCAUACCUCAAGACUUGUUUCCAACUGGUUAGAUGAAAAAGAGAUUCAAGUUUUAGAUUGGCCACCACAAAGUCCAGAUUUAAACCCUAUUGAGGCAGUCUGGGCUCUUGUAAAGUGUAAAUUAGCUCAAUUUGGUAAAUUAAAAAAGAUGAAUUGA